AUGAUUCCAACAUCCAAAAAUGAUCCUGCAUGGCAUAUCUUUGCGGCUACUUUAGUCACCACGCCCGCAUUGCAAGGAGAGUCUCAGAAGCAAUACUUUGUGGAAAGUGUGCAAUUCACUCAAAGAUGGGAUGACAUUGAUGGAGAACGAGUUCAAUUCGUAGAAGUGGUGGUGGUCAAUACACCUACCCAUGGCGAUGCAGCACAACCGAUUACUGUUGAAGUGCAUUCCCGCACAGCCAAAACAUUAAAGCCUGCAAGAGUGACUCGAUUACCAAAAGGAAAUUUCAUUCGUGUUGAUGUACCGGUCACGGGUGGAAAUGGUGAUAAAGAACGUGCUACAGUGACGAUCCGAGAUGCAAAUUCAGGUCAUUGGUUAACGAUUUCUCCAGGCUGGUUAGUCCAACCUGGUUUGACGGAUUAUGACAGCAGUGAUGCAUCACUCUCACGUGUACAAGCACCGAAUUGGUGGCGAGAUGCAAAACUGGGAAUCAUGUUCCAUUAUGGACCUUAUUCUGUUCCGGCUUAUGGUGCUGACUUUUAUGCGGAAUGGUACAUGCACGAUAUGAGCACGAACAAUUACACAAAAGCACAUCAUCUCAAGACGUAUGGUGAACAAUUCAAUUAUGAUGACUUUUUUGAGAAAUUCACUGCAGCCAAAUUUGAUGCUUCUCAGUGGGUUGCUUUGAUGGAAGCUUCUGGUGCAAGAUACUCUGUCGGGACGACUAAACAUCAUGAUGGGUUCGCACUGUUUGACACAAAGGAUACAAGCAAUCGCAAUUCACUCACUUAUGGACCCAAACGAGAUCUGAUGAAAGAAUUGAUGCUGGCAGCCCAGAACUCCACGGUAAGAUUUGGAACGUACUUCAGUCCGGUGGAGUGGUUUAAUCCAAUUCAAAACCCUUAUGGGUUUGAGCUGUUCGCUGGAGGUCCAUACCGUAAUGCGUAUACGGGAGAAGCCGUUCCUUAUACCGGAUUUAUUGAAAAAGAUGACUUUAUCGAUGAUAUUCAAAGUCCACAACAACAGAUCUUGAUGGAAGAUUACCGAACGAAUAUCAUGUGGUGUGAUAUUGGUGGACCUUCGCGUGGUUGUCAAAACGCAGCAAAAUGGUACAAUGAAGCCCGCAAACGUGGUCAAAAUGUAGUGAUGAACAAUAGAUGUGGUUGUUUAUGGAAUGGAUUUGGAACACCUGAAUAUGCAACCUAUUCAGGUACGGUACAGAACUUAUGGGAAACGAAUGAAGGUUUGGCACCGUUUAGCUUUGGCUUUAAUGCACAAGAUGCACCUUCUGCCUACAAAACACCACAACAAUUGGUAAAGAUGUUGGUGGAUGUGGUAAGCAAGAAUGGAAACUAUUUGAUCAAUUUCGGACCUGAAGCUUCGGGCGUGAUUCCAAAAGCACAGCAAGACUCACUUUUGGGCAUGGGUAAAUGGCUCAAAACGAACGGUGAAGCGAUUUAUGGUACUCGUUAUUGGAAUCUUACCCCACAAGAAGGCGAUUGGCGAUUUACGACCAAAGAUGGGCUGUUCUACAUGAUUUCAUUGUCGAAGCCUUCCACUUCCUACACUUUUACAUCUCCUAUCCCUGUUCGAAAUGGUGAUGUGAUUACACUUUUGGGUGCAAAAGGUAUUGUCAAAUAUACCAUCAACGAGAAAGGAUUGCUGACGAUCAAUCCUACUGCUACUCAAAUCGGACAAGGCAAUCUAGCAUGGGCUUUCCGAAUUGAACAAAAAUGA